AAAUAUUUUUGUCUUGUAACUUUAUGAAACCUAAUGUAGUCGGAACGUGAUUACUUCCUCUUUUUUAUUGAAUCCGGCAUUAUUUUCGAAUGUUAACGGAAAUUUCAACACCAAAGAACAUCGAAACGGAAGAGAAAUAUUUCAGUUUUGAUACCUAGAUUUCUAUUCACUUAUCUCCGCGUGUUAAUAACGUCACCUUGUCUUUCCUGAUAGACAUUCCAAAACGUGGUUCCGUUUUUAGGUGCAGGUGCGCUGCGAUCUGUGGUUUUUUUUAUUUGUGAACUGAAACCCCAAUUCUUAUUCUUUCAAACAGCUCAAAGCUACAAAUUUGCUUUGCCAUAGUUUGGCUAUCGAAAUAGUGCACAAGAGACAAGUUUAUUUCGUGGGACAAGCAAAUAAUCACAACUGGUUUUGUUGGGAGAGUGGGAAAAGACUUCCCUUUUGCUUCUGUAUUUUGAUUGGAUGCCUCGUCCCCACGCAAAUGUAGGCCACUUGCUCGUAUUAACAAUAACAUGGCGGCAUCGGAAGGUGAUCAUCGCGUCCAAAAAUCUCCGGCUGCAGCACAAAGGCCACCACAUCUCAGGGCCUUAGAGGUUUUUACGACUCGUGUUUAAUGUUUUGCUGCUCUCUUUUUAGUUGUGUCGCUUACUUUUUACCGCGUUUUUCACCCUAGGGCUUGACUUUCUCUGAGAGCAUGUCAAGACGACCCCCUCGCCUUCGAAGGCGCUCAAUUUCGGUGUCCUCAACCGAUAGCUAUGGGAGUUCAGGUGAAAGAAACGUGCUCUUGAUAACGCUGUGUCACUUUUUGAUGCUUUAACGAGGUUUUGGUGUGGUUUGGAGGUUCCGAAUUUGAUAUAUUUUCAUUCACCGGUCAAAUCGAUCGACACAGUGUUGACGCUAAGUUUAAUUCGCGUCCCGAAGUAAAAGAUGUGAACGUUCUUCCUAAAAUAAAUUUGUACAUUUUUUUAUUCCCAGUAGAGCCGUACUAUUACUAUUACCAUUUUACGGGAUUUUAGAAUAGUGAGCUGUCUAUUGUGUUUGAGUUUCAGUCCCGUAGUUUGCGUUAACUUAUUUGAAAUUGCAAGGCGAUGUGGUCUUCCUUUGGUGUAUUUAAUGCGUUGAUAUUUGCCCUCUUGUAGCAAGCUACUCCGACAGCUAUUCAUCAGAUGAGGAUGAUGUUUCACCAAGGGAACGUUCUCAGGUUUGCUUUCAUAAUUAUUUAUCAAGGCUCUUUUAGUUAAGCUUAAGCUUUAAUAUAUGCACCUUCUCCACGCUGGCUAAAGUAAGCUCAUCAUGCACACACUUUGAAAUGUAUUUUAAUAGCACUGCGCUGGUUUCCUUUUGCUAUAAUGCUACCUCACCCUUACCGUGCAUCAUGAAACAAUUGAUUUAAUGCCUUCUCAAGGACUUUAGACCUUCACACCUGAAAAGUUACAGUGGCUAAAAAGAUUUCGGCAUUCCCAGUCCAUCGUGGUUUCCAUGAACGGGAAACGAAAUUGUGAUGAUUCGUGACAGAUUGAAGAGGAAAAAAUUCGAAAUUUACAUGAGUCACGUAAAGUUUUACAAACAAAUGCAAGUAUUGUGAUUAAAAGCACCCCAAAUUUUUGCAGAACCAAUAUAAUGCCACUUCAUUAUUAUUUUUACGUACGAUUACCGUAGUCCCUCAUCUGUGAAGAUAUUAAGCAUGCCUUACGUCACGAAUUUAAUACGUAAUCAGGCAAUAUAAACUGGACGAGUUUGCAUUGUCAACUUUGUUUGGCCACCGGACUGCUCAUCGUUCAUGGCACACGUGAAUAUAAUGGUUCUUGACUGACGCAGAGGAUGUUUUAAUGUAAAUGCAUAUUUAUUAACUUGCAUAAAAGGAAUGUUAUUUCAUGAAUGACUAGUUUAGGUCAGUCUGUUAAGGCUUUUAUGAACUGGUAUACAAUCUCAGCUUGAUAUCAUCAUAAAUAUAAUUGUUUGUUUUUUCCACCCGGACUGUUUUGUCUGUAGAUGUAGAGAAGUCAUUUCAAGUUAGAGAAUCUGCUUGAAGUUUGAAACAUUCAACCUUUUUUCCAGAACUUCUGAAAAUAUUUUUAUACAAAGAUGAAAUCAAUAGUGUGACUGAUAACUAUAUGCCAAACUCUGAAAAGUUGAGAUUUUUGCAUAACAAGCAUGCAUAGGAAUUUGUGGUUUUGGGGUGAACUUGAAAGCAAAUAGCAGACAGCACCCAAAAGAAUUAGACAGACCCUGCCUUAAAUUUGAUGUCAUGUUGAUGGGAUGAUCAGACCAUUACAGAGCCAAGGAUAAAGAAAUGUUUUUUCUAGUCCUAGUUCUCGAUCUUUUGGCAGGGGAGGAUUGAGUCUGGUUUUGUUGCUAUUGGCAGCAAAAUAGUGCUUCUCACAAUUUUCAGUAAUGAAUAAAAAGAACUGUAAACUGUUUGGUCAAGUGGUAUUGUGCAACAUUAUGCCCAUAUUAUACUUAAGAAGGACUGAUUUGUAGUCUUAUUAAGGUGCAUCUUUCAUGUGUCAUCUCUGUUACUUUUUGGGAUCGUUAAAGGAAUUUAUCUUUUUUUGUGGUUUUCCAAAUCACCUGUGACUGGAUUACUUUUAAUCUGUUUGUUCCUGCAAUAAUAAUCUGAAUUAACCAUUAUCAAGUUGCAAAUAUUGUAUUCACUGAUUUCUUUUUCUAAAAAAAAUAUCAAAUCUAUGAAUUAUGUACAUGUAGACGAGGGUGGUAAAUCUGUUUGCUUUCUUUGGGUUCCUAAUAAUACAGAAAGGAGAAAAAAAUAAAGAAAAAACUUCCAGUCAUUUCUAAUUUACAGCCAUCGUGUGUAGCUUUCAAAAUGAUGAAUUCUCCGUACUCUGUGAUAAUAAUAGAUAUUUUGUUCUGUUUUAGUCGUUUGAUUAUUGUACAUGAUCACUGGCUUGCUUUGCUAGAAUUCUAAUGCAAUGAUUUUGGCUUCUUUGCUUGUCACACUAGCUUUAAUAUCUCAUGUUUUUCUCUAUGUAAUGCUGUAAUAAAUUGCUGUAUUUGACAGAUGGUUCAUCUUGCAUGUUUAAUUUCAUUGCAUGCGUGAAAGUUGAUCAUACGUUCAUAAUGAUUAGAUUUGAUCUUUUACAUCCCAUGAUCAAUGUGCAAAUUCUCCUUAGCAAUUUUUGUGCUCUAUGAGAAGAUGAAAAUUUUAGAUCAAAGUUAUUCAUUAAUUUUAUUGUGGUGAUUGGAUUCUUAGUUCUUUUGAGCUAGAUGUUUGAUCUUUACAGCUAUGUUAUAAGGAGAGAUUUGUUGUUGAUCACUUUUGGGAUUUAAAAGGUUGAAAAAACUAGACUGUAAUGCAUCCAUUUUCCAUCCAUGUGCAGAAAAACAGCAGUGGUGGAUCAGAUUUUUGUGUUAAGAAUAUUAAGCUGGCUGACUUUGGUCGCAGGGAAAUUGAAAUAGCUGAACAAGGCAAGCGGAACUUUGUAUAUUGUCUUUGGGGAAAUCUAAAUCUUUCCCUUUAGGGAAAAGAAGACAGAAAAUACUAGGGAAAGAAGUCUAUGUGGGACUCAUUCUUUUAUGUAAAACACCAGAUGAUUUUGCCUGAAAGUCAAUUUGCCUGAUGGCAAGUUGUUCAGAGAAGUCUCCAUUUGCGCUGACUUUGUUGAUACUAAUGUAAUACUCUACAUGUACCUGAACUAGCAUUGGGCAAAUUGACAUUAGUCCAGGCAAAUUGACUUCUGGGAAAAUUGGUGAGCCACAGUUUUGAUUACUGGUACAAUGAAUUUACAAUGAAUUUAUUUGUGGUAAUAUUGAGAGGGACUUGAAGGUACCUCAUGUUUGUAUAUUCUUGUGAAAAUCAAUGUAUUUAAUCUUUAAUUUCUCAAUAAUUUCCUUGGUAAUACACGCAUGUUAUAUGAAGCAGCCUAGUUCAUAAUCAUUAUCAUCAUCAUUCUCAUCAUCAUCAUCAUCAUCAUCAUCAUGAUAUAUCAUCAUAAUCAUUAUCAUACAUUUGUAUAUCAUUAUCAUUGCCAUUGUCAUUACUAUUGACAUGGCCAUCCUCGUUGACGUAGCCUUCACCAAUCAUCAUCAUUAUCAUUAUCAUCAAUAUCAUCAUCAUCAUCAGCAUCAAUAUUUUAUUUAGUAUUCCGUUGGUAAGUACAUGGAUAUAGGUUAACAUUGCCAGGAAGGUCUAGCCACUACCAGUAGCAGGGAAGGUCUACCUUGUGUGCAACUUUGAGAGUUCCAUUAUAAAACUUUAUACUUCUCUUUCAAAGUUUAUUGAAAAAAGUAGCAAACAGAGAAAUUUGUUGUGAAAACCUUAAAUUGCAAGUACUGUAUGUGAAAAUCUAUGAAUGCACAUUUGAGGAUUUUCCAUGAUUGCAAAUGCAGAUUGGCUGUUUAUUCCCAUAGCAAUUUUUUGUGACAUUUUAUUGUUUGUGGUAAUGAUAGAGGAGAAGUAAUUAGAUUUUUUGGUUAUUUCUUUAGUGUAAUACAAGUUUUGCACAAAAAUGUUUUGGGUAGAAGCAAUUUUUAGUGAUCUCACUACAGUAUGAGAAUCACAAAUCAAAUUUUGCAAAAACUUCGUGGUGAAGGUUGUUAUAUUUUGAUAGAGAGCUAUCAAAAUUCUCUUCCCUAUUUAGCUAUAAAUUCAGUUAAUCUGUGCUAUUUUUCUGUUUUAGAAAUGCCAGGGCUCAUGUUGCUUCGAAAACGGAACUGCACAGACAAGCCUUUGGAGGGAGCUAAGAUUGUUGGAUGCACUCAUGUAACUGCGCAGGCAGCAGUGAGUAAAAUAUUCUACAGCAAAACUGGUUUGGCUGAGAUUUCUGUUGAUUAAAAUGUUGUCAUUUCUCUUUGUCUUACUAAAAGUGACCUUGAAAGAUGCUGUGAUUGUUUAUUGCGGCACACUCUACCGCUCAAAGUAGUCAAAGAUUCCAAAGUUUCAUCUUUAGUGAUUACUGAGUGGGUAUCAUGCGUUACUCUGGGUUUGAAUUUGACACCCUAGUCAGCAAGUGUGUCUUUUUUGCUGCAGGAUUCCUGGUUUGAUCUGUGAUUGAGUGGUGUGUUGCACACAAAAAAUGGUGGUUCUUACCAUUAGAGAUAGUGAAACAUUCCAUUCUACCACAUUAGCAGACUUCUUUUGGUCCACUAUAAUUCUUGUACUUUGGACUGUAGUUUUAAUUCUUAACCCUCUCAGGAGAAGUAUUUAUUAUUGUUUCUCUUGAGGAAAGAAUCCUGUUUCUCAAGAUUAAAGUCUUGUCGGACCUUGACUUGCACUUAAGCAGUACACUAUGAAGACUGAUAAUUAUACAAAUUAUUUGGACUUCCUAGGUUCUCAUAGAAACCCUUGCUGCUCUUGGUGCACAAGUGCGUUGGUGCGCUUGUAACAUUUACUCAACACAGGUAUGUGUUUCUAUAACUAUACAGGUUCUUUUUCUCCCAUAGUAAAUAAUGAUGGAGUCUUCUUUUGAGUCUGUGGAUGAAAUCUUGCGAUGUAGUGAGUAGAAGGGUUUAACGUUUUGUACAUUAUAUAAAUUCAAAAAAUUUUAUCUUUCUCUACAGAAUGAGGUUGCAGCAGCAUUGGCGGAGGCAGGUCUGUAGAUUCUUUUAACUUUUAAGUCUAUUCACAAGGUUAGAAAUAUUGAGCACUCGAAGUUGGUCGGUCAUUUGGCCGAGUCAUCGUAUAAAAAUGGAUCUUGUGACAAGCAUGCCAUUUAUUUUCAGGAAUGAUUGAAAUGAUGUACCACUUUGAUAACUUUUGGAACUUUGGCAAUGAUGUAAUUUCCCUCAAAUCAAGGCUCUUAACUUUUAUUUAUAGAUGGGUGCUCCUGCCUCAAUCAAUUCAGAAACAAAUAAUAUUGUUGAAUAAAAAUAAAUACCCUGAAGUUUAUUCAACCGUCAAUAGAAUAGGAUGGGAAAAACUUAUAGUGAGCAAAUCCUUUUUUUGUGUAGAAAGCUACAUUUUGCAGAGACAUGCUCAGUAACCAGCAAUGGCAGAAUCUUGAAAUUUUAAACCUAGAGUAAGGAAAAGUUAUAAAAUGUUUUUUAGAACGUGACUAUUCAAGAAAGCGUGAGAAAACUGUGAUUUGAAAUCUGUGAUGUUUGUGAAAUUCUGAGAUGCAUGUUUGUGAAAUUCUGAGAUGCAUGUUUGUGAAAUUCUGAGAUGCAUUUAUAACAAAGUUGUGAGACAUGGCAAGUCUGAACCUGGGUUUUAAAAUUCUAACCUCUAUUUGGUUUUGACAUUUAAUGCAUGUACUAUGGUCCCCAGGCUUCCCUAUCUUUGCAUGGAAGGGAGAGUCUGAGGAGGACUUCUGGUGGUGCAUAGAGCAGUGCAUUACGUCAGAUAAAUGGCAGCCAAAUAUGGUGUUGGAUGAUGGCGGUGAUGCGACCCACCUGAUGUACAAGAAGUUUAAUGGUACGUUCAACACCCUACGUGGUGUUGUGGAGGAGAGUGUGACUGGUGUUCACAGGUGAGGCCUUGUAAAUGUAUGGCUGCAAAGUUGUGCUCCAUUCAUUAUAGAUCCCCAUAAGAUAAGGUUACUUUUUUGUUUUUGAUUAUUGUUGGUUGAUACAGUCCCUUGCAAAAUGCUUACGGUAGAUGACAAUAUUCCAUUGUUAUUCAACACAGUGUGCAAAAAAAAAAUUCAUGUCCAAUAGGCUGGGGCUAGUGCAUUUUGCCAUUGCGCAAGUGAUUUCUGUUGUCAACUUGCCUGACGUGAAGUAUUCUGGGGGAAUUCAAAUUACAUAUUUUAAGACCAAUGGCUUAAAUUCCUACUUCGAAAGCUGUUUGAUGAAGUGAAAUUAUCAUGGUUAUUAGUAUAGUUAAUUACCAAAGCAGGUAAUAAAUUACCUAAUGGUGUAAAUAGUUAAUAAAUAUUAGUUAAUCUAAUCCUGUUUGUCAAAAAUUUAACUUCCGGGCUAGUUAAAUUGCUACAACCAGCCUCAAGAGCAAGCUGUAAAAUUGACCUUCUUUGCACCAUGCAAUAUUUCAGGUUAUACCAGCUAUCAAAGCAAGGAAAACUAACGGUUGCAGCCAUGAAUGUCAAUGACUCAGUCACCAAAGUAAGCAACUCUAAUUAAUAAUAGUCAGCUGUUUAUACAUCUCUGGUGCUUUUUCAAAUAGUGGCGGUGUUUUCGCUGAGAAGUCAUAAAGAAGAACCAAUUGUUGAUAGACUUAUUUUUAUUUUCUUGCAGACAAAAUUUGAUAACAUGUAUUGCUGUAGAGAAUCAAUUUUAGAUAGGUAUGUAUGCCAAAAAUGAUAAAAUAAUAUUUUUUGUAAUCAACAUCUAAUUUAAUGUUUUCCUUGAUGGAAUAUUACAACCUUACAUGUAUAAAUUACAUCCCAGCAAAGUACACUUAAGUUUUCACUAUUUUAAAAUUGUUUUGUCCUAUAGUUUAAAGAGAACCACGGAUGUCAUGUUUGGAGGAAAGCAGGUCCUUGUUUGUGGAUAUGGUGAGGUGAGUGAAUUAGGACCCUCAAGAGAAUUUUUUCAUUCUUUGUGUAACUGCGUAUAUACAGUGUAACACAGCAACUUAGUAUACGUAAGUUUUGUUUGGAAUUCUAACUCUCUUAGAUAAAUUAGGUUUUAACUCCCGUCAGUUUUCCAUGUCAUUUCUUCAUGUCAUCACUUUCAGUUAAAAAUGCAAUGGUAUUAUUUUCUCAAAUUGAUUUUUGGUAGUGUUGAGCUGUUUGUUAUUCUUGAUGGUUUUAUUUGAACUGGAUGUAAAAACUGCUGUUAUUAGUGCAUUUUUAGGUGAAACAUUUUUGCAUUAAAAUUUUUUUAUGUAGUUUAAUUAAUGCAUUUGUUUAAAACAUCUUUUUUCUGGGCCAAGUGAUAGUAUAAUGUUUUUAUUCUACAAAUUCGUUUCAGGUGGGCAAAGGUUGUUGUUCUGCUCUCAAAGGUCUUGGUGCCAUAGUUUAUGUAGCAGAAAUUGAUCCAAUCUGUGCACUGCAGGCAUGGUAUGUGGAGUACAUGUAUCUCUGCUGUAUUUCAGCAAAACCUUGGUCCAUGGUGAUCACCCUAAUGGGGCCUGGGGCAGAUUCAGGAUUUGUGAUGAUGGGGUUCAAACAAGCAACUGCUUUAAUAAUGCAAAUGUAUUAAAGGAGUUGUGUCACAAAAUUCAUCAAAAUUCAAACAGUUGUAACUGGUACUAAGUUGGCUGAAACAUAGAAAAUGCUGCUCAGAAUUUUGAAGAAUGUAUAAAAAACACUAAGUACCAAAGUGAAAGAAGGCAGGAAUGGACAAAUUUUUAAGAAAGUUCAUUUUUGUUGUUUGAGAGGUUGUUUAUUUCACCAGAGAAAACAAAAGACGAGAGUACAGAAAAUACACAAAAGGAAUGUAGUGAGGAGGCCCAAAAAGAAAUCAUAAGGCUAAUGGGCUCCCUCGGGGUAUAAAAGUAUAAGUUUACAAGGCCACGAUCAAAUGUAUUUGUAACUGUUUACAGGUAAAAUUUGAUUUCAGGUUAAAUUUUUUUAGCCUAGGUUUAUUCUCAAUUUCCUUUGUCUUCCAGGGCUUGGAGACAUUGGAAAUUGGGAAUCAACCUAAGUUAAAUCAAAAUUAACCUGAAAUCAAAUUUGACCUGUAAGGUAUACAAAGUAAUUACCUGACAUUGAUAAAAGGUGGAUAACUAACUUGACACAAAGCUGUGAUUUUGUCAUUGACAAAUAAUUUCUCAAGUUCCAUAGGGGAUAAUAUGCAUAACUGGCAUUGUAAACAAAAAUGAACUAAACAGCUGUGAGACAUCCCCAUUAAAAGAGGUCUCCAUCCUAAGGGGCGAAUCUAAGUGCAUUGAUUUAUGAAAAUCAAGUAUAUUUUUGUGUCAAAACCAAAGAAAGUGCGAGAAAAGAAAAGUGAUCAACCAGCCCGGGAGGUUCAUCCAGGUUUCACAAAUCUUUGCUACAAUGUUGACGCUUCCUUUUUUUGACAUAAAAAACUUUGUAUUUUUAUCAAGAGAAGAUACCUAAUUGACUGAUCAUGGCUUCUCAACCCAGCACUCUUUGAUUAUUGUUUUUAGCAUGGAUGGUUUCCGAGUAGUCAAGAUUGACAUGGUGGUGAAGCAGAUUGACAUCUUGAUCACGUGUACAGGUAUGUUGCUAAAACCAAAUAUUGUUCCAUGGAAUGCUGAUAAUCGGGCUGUUGUAAGUGUAAGCUCUUUUCAUGUCAAAAAUUCUAGCCAUUUGUGAUGAAUAAUGUACCAUUAGAAUUUUGUCUGAAAUAACUGAUUUACUGAUGUGACAGCAUUUUUGUUGUCUGCAAAAUACAAUGCUGCGUGCUCAUAUUUGGUGCUAUAUUAUGUUCUUAUGAUCCACAUUAAUUCCUAUUACUUAUGUCAAUACAAUUUUAGUUUAAAGAAAAACCAAUGAUCUAUUUUUGUUUAAAAUUAGUAAUAAACAAUUUAACAUUAUUAGUCAACCUUUGUAUGUCCUCCACCUUUCUAUGUGACCAUCGCAUUAAGUCUAUUCCAUUCUACAUUGGCAGCUCAUUUUGACAUGUAAAUAGCAUCUUUCAUUAUUUUUUUUAUCAUGCUCUUACAUGUAUAUUAUGUAAUUAAUUUUGUCUUAAUAUCUUUUGUUAUUUCCCUUGUAUUAAAAUAGGCAACAAGCAUGUGGUCACAAGGGAUCACAUGGACAGAAUGAAGAAUGGAUGCAUUGUUUGUAACAUGGGGCAUUCUAAUACUGAAGUUGAUGUGGUAAGAUGCUUGUUACUAUUCAGGCUUUGAUAUCAGUAACAUUCCUGAACAGUGCUUUUCCGACCUUUUGGCUGGUUAGAUUUCAUUGCUGCAGCUGAAAUGUAACAGAUAAUCCCAAACCAAGAAUGUAGCAUGCUUGACUGCGAAUAACAAGGCAGGGUGACUGAGUGGUUAGAGUGCUGGAAAUUAUGAUCAGAGCCCCCUAUUAAGUCCCAAUCUAGUGGGCAUGUGUACCAUCUACUGAGCUGUACAUGGAUUUCAUGGUUUAACAUUAACAUUAACAUCUUUCUUGCAGGCUAGUUUAAGAACUUCAGACCUGACAUGGGAGAAAGUCAGAACACAAGUAGAUCAUAU